CCUUGCAAUUAUGGAGAUUUAGAAGAAUUAGACAGUGUGGAGGGGGAGCCCUCCUCCCCACUCCUUUGAUUCUUGGAAUUUUCUAUGGACAAUAACAAGAUUUUUGUUGUAUAAAAUGGAGAAAUAAGACUUUAAAAUAUAAAUUUAUAUUUAUAAAUAUUUAUAUUUUUUGAUUAAGUGCCAAGCAUAACUGCAUGAAGAUUCUCAUAGCUGCUGUAUAAAACUGAAUUUAAGUACUAGGAGUCAUGAAUUUCCUGCAGCACUGUAUUGUGUCAUAAAAAGGGAGUGCCUUAGCAUUCAUACUGGCUGCUCCUCUUAAUGAGGGAGCAGUUUCAGAAAGGUGAGAAUGAAUUCUAUCCUGCCUGACUGCACUCUGAAGUGUCAUUCCCUGCAGCAUGCUUUAGAUAUUAUUUCUGUAGUUACCAGAGGAAGUGAAGGCCAGAUCAAGGCCUUUCUCUCUUCUUACUGCUACAAUUCAGCAACCCUAAAGGAUACCUUUGGCAGGAAUGUCCUCCAUCUUGCUUCAUCCUGUGGUAAGAAAGGUGUGCUAGAUUGGCUGGCAGACACCAAAGGAGUGGAUUUAUUGGCAAAAGACAAGGAGUCUGGAUGGACAGCUUUGCACAGAGGCAUCUUUUAUGGACACAUCGACUGUGUUUGGUCAUUGCUGAAGCGUGGGGUUAGUUUAUACAUACAAGAUAAAGAAGGCUUAUCUGCCUUGGACCUUGUGAUGAAGGACAGACCAGCCUAUGUAGUAUUCAAGAAAACGGAUCCCACAGAUGUCUACACUUGGGGAAACAACAUAAAUUUUACCUUGGGUCAUGGUGGUCAACAGAGCAAACAUCAUCCUGAAUUGGUGGAUCUGUUUCCUAGAAAUGGAGUCUAUAUUAAACAGGUGGUGCUUUGUAAAUUUCAUUCGGUGUUCCUUUCCCAGAAAGGACAGAUUUACACUUGUGGACAUGGUCAAGGAGGACGCUUGGGUCAUGGUGAUGAACAAACAUACCUGGUUCCAAGACUUGUAGAAGGUCUAAUUGGCCAUCAGUGUUCCCAGGUAGCAGCAGCCAAGGAUCAUACUGUUGUUUUAACAGAAGAUGGAUAUGUUUACACCUUUGGCCUAAAUACUUACCAUCAACUGGGUAUUCUUCCUCCUCCUCCUCACUGCAGUGUUCCCAGACAGGUUCAGGCAAAAAAUCUGAAAGGUAGAAUGGUUAUUGGAGUGGCUGCAGGCAGAUUCCAUACAGUGCUAUGGACUAGAGAAGCUGUAUAUACCAUGGGACUGAAUGGUGGCCAGCUAGGAUAUUUGCUGGAUCCUAAUGGAGAGAAGUGUGUAACUGCUCCUCGCCAAGUCUCUGCUUUGCAUCAUAAGGACAUCACCGUGUCCUUAGUCGCUGCAAGUGAUGGUGCUACAGUAUGUGUUACUGAAAGAGGGGAUAUUUACUUGCUCACAGACUAUCAGUGCAAGAAGAUGGCUUCCAAACAGCUGAACCUAAAAAAGGUUCUUGUUAAUGGGGGAUAUUUGGAAUACAAGAUGGAUCCUCAGCAUCUCAAAGAAAAUGGGGGUCAAAAGACUUGCAUUCUUGCCCUGGAUGAAGCUGGACGAGUGUUUUGCUGGAAGUCAUCCAACAGUCCUAUGAAGCAGUGUCGAUGGGUCUAUGGCCGCCAAGUCUUCAUGUCUGAUGUUGCUUUAAAUAGGAAUGAAAUAAUGUUUGUCACACAGGAUGGUGACGCCUUUACAGGAAAGUGGGUAGAAGGAGAGAAAAAAACUUCUGAAAAGAAAGAGGUUGUAUCAAGUCUUCAGAAUUCCUCAUAUGAUGUGUCUUGUCACUAUGAUACAAACAGUGUAUAUGAAAGAAUUCGACUUGAGAAGCUUGCUUUUGUCCACAGAGGUGUUAGUGUUACCACAGAUCCUAAUGGAUGUAACUUUGCUGUUUUACAGUCAGAUCCUAAAACAAGCCUAUAUGAAAUUCCAAGUGUGUCAUCAUCAAGUUUCGUUGAGGAUUUUGGCAAAUUGUUAGGGGAAACAGAUGAAAUGGACAACAUCCAUGAUGUGACUUUUCAGAUCGGCAGUAGGAUGAUCCCUGCGCACAAAUACAUCUUGGCCAUGCGUUCUGACUUCUUCAGAAAGCUGUUCGUUUCAGAUGACAAUCGACUAGACUCUCCAGAUGUCUAUCGUAAAGAUGAAGAUGCUGUAGGAUGUGAUCUCUUUAUGAUAGAGAAGGUUCAUCAAGAUUUGUUUACAUACCUUCUGCAGUUCAUAUACAUGGACACUUGUGAUCUUUUGACUCAUGGUUACAAACCAAGAAUGUUGUAUAAGGAAAAAACAGAAGACUAUCAAGAUACCCUAAUUUCUAACCUUAAUAAAAUGAGUUUCAGUGGAGAUGUUAAUGGAAAGUCUGCAUUUGAGGUUUACAGAAGUAAUCAAGUGCAUGUAGUAAAUCAAAGAGAGAAGAACAAACCCAAGUCUUCUAAAAAAGGCAAAGUUGUUGGUGAAGAAGUAAACCCCAUAAAAAUGUUGCAAGGUGCUGCAAAGAAAUUUAGUCUCAGCAAUUUAAGUGUAAGAUUGGAUGGAGUUAAACUAGAAAAUGGAAAAAUUAAUGUUGUCAACAGGAAAAAUGGAAACAAACCAAAGUUAAACCCAAAAAAAUGUUCAUACCUCUGUGAUGUGACCAUGAAAUCUAUAGAUGGAAAGGAAUUCCCUUGUCACAAAUGUGUACUCUGUGCAAGACUUGACUACUUUCAUAGGAUGUUAAGCAGUUCUUGGAUUGAGGCAUCCUGUUGUGCAGCUCUGGAAAUGCCAAUCCAUUCUGACAUACUGCAGGUUAUCCUGGAUUACAUCUAUACAGAUGAAGCUCCUGCAAUAAAAGACUCUCAAAAUGUGGAAUUUAUUUGUAAUGUUCUGGUGGUAGCAGACCAACUCCUUGUAUCUCGAUUGAAAGAAAUGUGUGAAGUAGCCAUUACUGAAAAACUUACUUUAAAGAAUGCUGCUGAGCUGCUGGAGUUUUCAGCAACAUACAGUGCUGAACAGUUAAAACUAUCCUGCUUGCAGUUUAUAGGACUAAAUAUGGCAGCCUUGCUUGAAGCGAGGACUCUGGACGUCUUAAGUGAUGACGUUUUGAAGGACCUUUCUGUGUCUUACAGAAAAAUGAUUCCAGCUAUGGUCAGGAGAGUGAUUACUCCAUAUCAAGAUGGACCUGACAUCAGCUCUUUGGAGCCUGAUGACAGAGAAAACUUUGUCUUUUUGAAAGAAGAAAUGAAUACAGAACUAACAUCUCAGGAAGCUCUUCUCAAAAAGGCAAAAACGAAGGCUAAAAAGAAGCCACGAAGACGAUCGGACAGCUCUGGAGGAUAUAAUCUUUCAGAUAUUAUUCAGAGUCCACCCUCUACAGGUUUAAUAAAAUUGGAUAAGGUUAACUCUGUGGAGUCACUUCCAGAAUUGCUGACAUCUGAUUCCGAAGGUAGUUAUGCAGGAGUGAGUAGUCCCAGAGACUUACAAUCCCCUGACUUCACAACAGGAUUUCAAGCAGAUAAGACUGAGAUGAAAGACAAAAUGUAUGUUCAGAGUAUAAAUGCCCCACAUUCUAAUAAAGAGAUGAAAUUAUGUGAGGGAUCAUCAGCACUGAAACAGUCUGUUCCACAGUCCAUUCCCAGUAUUAAAAACAACUCUGCAAGCUCUCCAAGUUGGGUUGCUACCUCUUUCAGCCCUGCCAGCCCUCCUGCUGUGGAUCUAAGAACCAUCAUGGAACUUGAGGAAAAUAUGCAGAAGCGUGGAACUAUGCCAAAGACAAAUGCGGGUAAACCUGCUUCUCAUGGAAUCAAGCUUUCUCAGAAGCAAAGAAAAAUGAUUGCCAUGGCGGCUAAAGAUAAUGGCUCAGUUACGAACAGCCUGGAUGCUACUUCAAUUACAGCCACGCCACCCACACCUAUGAAAGUUACAAAACCAGGGAGUGCAUGAUGCACAAUCAAAGAAGAUGAUCAUGUUUCUGAUUUACUACAACUGGAGAGUCAGAAUCCGUGGUUAGUGACAUCCUUAAC